AUGUCCAGUCGAGGCAGAUCAGAAUUGAGUCAAGAACAAAGGGAAACCAGAUGGUCUGGUAAGCCGGCAAGAACGAAGGAAUUCAGUCAGGUCAAAUUAGAAACUGUUGUCACUGGCCAUCUAACUCAAGAACAACUAGAUGCUUACCAACAAGUGUUUCGAAUCGAAGAAAUCUCCGACAUUUUAAGAAAAUCACAGCAGCAACACAGACUGUUACUUGAAUUCUUACCUUCGUCGCAUGUGAAACAAGGAUCCAACUAUAAAAGAGACCCAUCGCCACCACCAAAAUACGAUAAACAAGGUAAUAGAAUCAACACUAGAGAACAACGUAUACGAGAGGAGUUGGAAAAGGAAAGACAUGAGCUAGUGGAAUUAGCUGCCUCAAACAUCAAAAACUACAUUGCUCCUUCUGAUUACAGGAAGCCGGCAAAGACCUUUGAAAAACUAUACAUACCGGUCAAGGACUAUCCUGAUAUCAAUUUCGUUGGUUUCUUAAUAGGACCAAGAGGGAGGACAUUGAAACGUUUGCAAGAUGAAAGUGGAGCACGGCUACAGAUACGUGGUAAAGGUUCUGUUAAGGAAGGUAAAUCGACACAAAUGGCAAUAGAGGAUAAUUCGUCAACCGGUGCAGACUCGGUUGAAGACGACUUGCAUGUUUUGAUUACAUCCGACUCACAACAAAAGAUUGCUAAAGCUGUAAAGCUAGCUAAUGAAGUGAUUGAAAAGUUGGUCUUCUCCCCCGUGGGCCAAAAUGAGUUGAAGAGGGAACAAUUGAAAGAAUUGGCUGUUUUGAAUGGUACUUUACGAGAAACGAAACCAUUUGAUCCAGAAGCCUAUCAGAGGAGACAGCAACGAUCAUUCGAUAUUACAAAAAUUGUCUGUAAAAUAUGUGGUAAAGUUGGUCACUAUGCAAGAGAUUGUAAUCAAAAAACACCCAGUGCAGGAGAUCAUCCAAGACAGGGUAUUGACUCUUAUACUCCCAGCUCAAAUUUAAAUCAAGAUAUAUCGGAACAGGCGUGGAAGAAGCACAAACCGGAGUUACCCUUACCCCCGUGGCAAGCAUCCAGCUCUCAUGGUGGGAAUCCACCUGUACCUGUGCCACCACCAUCAAUUACACACCCUGGCCAUCUUCCUCCACCUCCUUCAGUCCCUACUCCUGGCCAUCUUCCUCCACCUCCAGCACUAUCACAACCAGGAUCAACUUUGCCGCCUAUCCCCAACCAACCGACCGCUUCAAGUAGCAAGCCACCUCCACCAUCAGCACAGAAGCCCGUGCCUCCACCACCUGCACCACCUACGAGUAAAAAACCACCGCCGCCACCUGCACCACCAUCAUCUCGACCACCACCGCCUCCUUCAAAAUAA